UAUUUAGCCUCACUUUCUCUGCUUUCUGAAACCAUCUACAGAUGUUUCUACCUGAAACUGCUGUAUUAUAUCUACAACAUAAAAAAGCAUGGCUCCUGGACUUAAGGAAGAUUCUGACGACUACCUUGAGGUCAAUAUUCCAACAGACCUAGGAGUGGAACAUUCUGGGGAAAUAAGUAAGAGAAAGGAAAUUGAAGAAUUAUCAAAAGCUUCAAGAGACACCAUACCCCUGGCAAUGGUGCUUCCUACUGAAAUUCCAUGUGAGAAUCCUGGUGAAAUAUUUAUUAUUUUGAGAGAUGAAGUCGUUGGUGAUACUGUGGAGGUUGAAUUUACAUCAAAUAGUAAAUGUGUUAGGACACAGCCAACCCGUUGGAAUAAGACAGUCUGGUGGAUGAAAGCUUUAGGUUGGGAGGAAAGCGAUGUCACAGGAGAAACACUUGUGAAUGUGACGCCUAGAGAUACCAGACCACUUGAAGACCAAGAUUUAAUCACAAGAUUAGAAUGCUUUCCCCCGCCCCAACCUGACCACCACCACAAAAGGGACUCAAAAGACAUUGAUGAACUUGAUGAUAUUCUUACAUCCAUAUUCAAACGUGAGAUACCAUAUUAUGAGUUUCGAUCAUUCCAACCUGAAAUCGAUCCUCAAAAAGAACAUACUCAUUUCAAAGAACUCCCAACUCUUCUCCACUGUGCAGCAAAAUUUGGUUUAAAGAACUUGGCUAUUCAUUUGCUUCAAUGUUCAGGAGCAACCUGGGCGUCUACGAUGAAAAAUUUCGAGGGUUCAGAUCCAACACAUAUUGCUGAAAGGCAUGGUCACAAAGAACUCAAGAAAAUCUUUGAAGACUUUUCAAUCCCAGAAGUUAGCAGAAAUGAUGAGCAAGAAAAUGACUAUGAAGAUGAUAUUACCUCACUACUUACAUAUUCUCCCACCACACAGAACCCAGCAUUUCAUCGCGCAAGCGGGCGGACUUCAUAUAGGCGGCGUGCGGAAGGAGCUGAGGCCGAUGAACUGGCAAAGGAAGAAAAAGAGAAUGCAUUGGGCACAGAGGCCGAGCAGAGCCUCGCAGAGGUUGGAGGUGGGAGUUCUGUGACCGAGUAUGAUGAUGACUUGUAUGUGUUCAUUCCUGGAGACAAUCCAGAACAUAAUUCACCAGAGCAACUCGUGAGGUGCAGACCCCCUCUCCCCCCGCCACGACCUGUAGCUGCUGCCUCCCAACUGGAAACACCGCACUGCACAUUACAGGGGAAAAUGGUGGAAGGCCAGACGGAAAAAAGUCAAAAUUGGUGUGAUCUCGGAGCAAGACAAGAAACAGGAGGUGAACCCAAAGAAGAAGAAAAGAAAGAAGAUGAAAAGGAGCAGGAGAAGGAGGAAGACCCGUACACGUUUGUUGAGACUGAAGACAGUGACUAUGACGUGAUACUGGCCAAUAUGAGUACAAAGAAAAAAUUGGGGAGUCGGUCUUUUAUUAUAAACAGACCUCCUGCCCCUACACCUCGACCCACAAAUAUCCCUCCAAAAGAGGAAACCACACCUUACAUAGCUCAAGUGUUUCAACAAAAGACAGCUGGAAGACAAUCUGAUGGUGACAAGUUCCAUGGUCUUAAGAGACAAGACAGAGCUCGGAUGGAAAGUCAAGCCUUUUCCACUGUGGACUCUCUUGCUGCUGGGCAGGAAGAACUCAUCCUCUUGCAGGAGAAGGUCAAAAAUGGGAAACUAUCUGUGGAUGAAGCCCUAGAGAAAUUUAAACAUUGGCAGAUGGGAAAGACUGAGCUGGAAAUGAUUCAGCAGGAAAAACUACGCCAACUACGAGAUUGCAUUAUUGGGAAAAGGCCAGAAGAAGAAAAUGUGUCUGAUAAACUCGCCAUUGUGCACCAUCCAAAUGGUAAUGAAAGUGCCCGCAAUGAAAAUAUGUUACAUAACAUACCCUUCCGCAAUAAGCUUCCUACUCGACUCCAAGUUGAAAAGGAAUUUGGUUUCUGAUGCAGGAAAGAUAACUAA